AUGGGCGGUUGGUUCCAACGAGCGCGUAAGACACUAUCCAGCAGCACUCUCGUCGACAGCCGGCGAUCACUUAAUACCGUACCGGAUCCACAAUUUAUCCUGGACAUCAGUCCCCAUUGCAUAAAGCCGGACACAUUCCCGCGCUUCGGACUCCGGACGCACCAAGUAUCACCAACGACGCGCUCAACUGGAGGUAAUUCACCGAAUAGUCAGGAAAUAAAAAAGCACGUAUUUACCUGCAACCGUGCUCGAGAUGCUUUAGAGCGUAUGCACAAAUUCAUUGACUCUUUCGAACCGUCUAGACUGGCAGAAGCUCAGCUACGUUUAGCUCGAUUAGAUCAAAUUUAUACUACUUAUCAAGAUAGCUCUUCGGCUCUAGAAAUCCUGACUGAUGGUAUAGUCACGGAGUACGAAAUGGAUUUACAGAAAGAUUUAGAGGAGUUUGAAAAUGACUUUUUCGCUCUCCAAGCUUGGCUCAAAACCCAUUGCUCGAGUCAGGCUGAGCGGCUUCCUGAUACUACACCGGGAACCACCUGUGGGACACUUCGCCUUCCUAGCAUCUCAGUUCCCGAAUUCAAUGGGGACAUCGAUAAAUGGUAUUCGUUUUACGACACCUUUCGCUCCUUGAUACACAAUAAUCCAGAGCUCUCGGACAUCCAGAAGUUCCAUUACUUUAAAGCGUCCUUGAAGGGUACAGCAGCAAAGCUUAUUGACGACAUUACCCUGUGCGCAGAUAAUUAUACGGUAGCCCUUAAAAUUAUCACUGAUCGAUUUGAGCAUCCUAAGGUUCUAAUCAAGAGUCACCUUAAUGCUCUAUUUGCCAUUCAGAAGGUGCAAACUGAAUCGGCACAAUCCUUGUCCAAUCUACUUGAUGAUUUUCAAAAGAACAUUGGGGUUCUGAACAAACUUGGCGAACCCACCAGUGAUUGGAGUUCUCUUCUCGUCCAUAUGCUAACUUCGCGCUUAGAUCCAGCAACGAAACGUGAAUGGGAAAGAACAACAGAUCCAAAGUCUAUGCCAAAAUUUGAGGAGCUUGUAUACUUUUUGCAAAACCAUAUAUUGCAAUUGCAGUCCUUAGAAGUUGACUUUCAGCGGAAUGCUAAAGCUCAAACCACCAGAGCCACAUACGCUACCACAUCUUCGUCUAAUAGAUCCUGCAGCCUCUGCAGUGGAAAUCACUCCCUAUUCUACUGCGGUAAAUUUAAAGCACUUGCCGUUCCGGAAAGAAUUAACGUCGUAUCCAGCAAAGGACUUUGUGCGAACUGCAUAAGUGAAAGGCACCAUCCAAAUCAAUGCAAACAGCGUAGCUGUCGGGUUUGUGGAAAGAAACAUAAUAGUCUUCUGCAUCGAUCGUCUCCACAUAACGCCAAAGGUACAUCAACGCUGUCAAAUCAACAAGAACCAACCAACAUAUCUCAAUCGCUUGAGGCGCCAAACGAAAGCGCACACUCAAGAUCGCUCCAAAUUCUUAGUACCUCUCAGUCCUCGUUUGUGACGUCUCGAUCUAACCGCUCACCCCAGGUACAAGUUUUCCUGUCAACUGCACUUGUAAAGGUGGUUGGGCCCAAAGGAAACAUAGCUGUUGCCAGAGUCUUGCUAGACAAUGCUUCGCAGCCCAACCUGAUGACUGAACGAUUUCGACAAAUAUUGAAUCUUCGAAAAAGUUCAGCUAGUACGGAGCUCUACGGUGUUGGGGCUGAACGGAAAGUGGUUGCAUUUUCAACGGUAGCAACAGUAUGGUGGAUUAUUCCAGACCACAUCCAACUUGCUGAUCCUACUUUUGCCACUUCAGGUGCUAUUGAUAUGGUAAUCGGUAGUGAGGUCUUUUUCGAUCUCCUUCGGAGAGGUCACAUGCGGAUCGACGACGAUAAACCUACACUACACAACUCCGUAUUUGGUUGGUUAGUUGCGGGAGCACAUCGAAGCUCGUCAGCGCCAGUAUGUUUGGUCACUCAUGUUAUUACUACUGAGAGUCUAAACAAGCAGGUAGGAAAAUUUUGGGAAAUUGAAUCCUGUCAGUCAGAAUCAAUCUGGUCAGUAGAAGAGCGUAUUUGUGAGGAAAUCUUCAAGUCAGCAACUGAACGGGACUCGGAUGGUCGCUACAUCGUUACCUUACCUAAACGCAUAGAAUUCAUUGGGCAUCUUGGAGAUUCACGAUCUAUAGCUACGAAACGAUUCCACGCCAUGGAGCGACGCCUUGCAAAGGAUUCGGCGUUGCACCGCCAAUAUUGUUCCUUUAUGAACGAAUAUCUCUCAUUGGGCCAUAUGAAGCUGGUUGAUGUGGUGUCAGAUUUGCCAGGACAACAUUAUUAUCUCCCUCAUCAUGCGAUCAUUAAGCCCGAGAGCACUACCACCAAACUACGUGUGGUGUUCGACGGCUCAUGUAGAACGACGUCUGGGUUUGCUUUAAAUGAUCUACUUCUCAAAGGCCCCACAGUUCAGGAUGACAUGCUCUCUCUAAUUUUUCGUUUUCGCAUGAAGCCAAUCGUCAUUAAAGCGGACAUUCAAAAAAUGUAUCGCCAGAUCAAAAUAGCAGAAAAAGAUCUACCGUAUCAGCAAAUCCUGUGGCGAAACGCUCCCGAGGAACCCCUACACACAUACCAGCUCACUACUGUCACGUAUGGUACCACGACAGCUCCCUUUCUUGCUACACGAUGCCUACAGCAACUUUCUGACGACGAAGCAGUUAAUUUUCCAGCGGCUGCACGUGUGGUGAAAAAAGGAUUUUAUGUUGACGACCUGUUAUAUGGAUUCGACACCCUCAAAGAGGCGUUAGAAGCAACGGAGCAGUUACACCUCAUGAUGUCAUCAGCUGGUCUAUCAUUACGCAAGUGGUCGUCGAAUUGCCGUAAUGUUCUCAAUGAAAUCCCACGCGACUACUGGGAGACUGAAAGGGUGUUGGAGUUAGACAGUUCGGCUCCAGUUCAAGCUCUUGGGCUGUUGUGGGAACCAAUGUCAGACGAUUUUUUGUUCAAAAUUCCACAAUGGACCAAACAAACUUUUUCUACAAAGCGAAGCGUACUGUCACAAACAGCUAGCUUAUUUGACCCGUUAGGAUUGGUCGGACCAGUGAUUGUCAUCGCCAAAAUAUUCAUUCAAGCGCUGUGGGAGUUAAAUCUUGAAUGGGAUCAACACUUGCCUUCGGAGCUUCACGAGCAGUGGAUGAACUUCGUAAGCCGUUUACCGAUCCUUAAACAGCUUCGUAUUCCCCGAUUUGUUUUAACGGACAACAUCGUAUCUCUUCAACUGCACGGGUUUGCCGAUGCAUCUCUACGAGCAUAUGGUGCAUGCGUGUACUUCAGAGCUGUGUCUGCAUCGGGUGGUGUAUCGAUACGUCUCAUGACUGCAAAAUCUCGUGUUGCUCCUCCGGAACGAAGACGACCUACGCUAGCUCGGUUGGAGCUGUGUGCAGCUCUCCUUCUGGCCAAUCUACAGAAAAAGGUGCUAGAAAGUGUGGAAGUGCACUGCCCAUGUUAUUUUUGGUCGGAUUCCACGAUCGUCCUACACUGGCUAGCAAAGGAACCGUCAACAUGGAAAAUCUUCAUCGCAAAUAGAGUUGCUGAAAUCCAACAGCUGACACAAGGCGGAAUCUGGAACUAUGUUUCGACCAAUGAUAACCCAGCCGAUCAUAUAUCACGCGGUUUGAAUCCCAACGACAUCAUUUGCAAUUCGUUGUGGUGGGAUGCUCCCCACUGGCUUAUGAAUCCAGUGCAAAAUUGGCCGAAGUCUUCACAUUUGUGGAAAAAUGUCUCUCCUCCCUAUGGAGAUCUCGAGUUGCGUGCGACAGUAUUGGUUGCUAUCGAAAAGGAGAGAACGCACGAGACAUCAGAAAUCAAAACAGCAGAAAUGCUCUUCAUCCGCCAAAGACAACUGGAAACGUUUCCGACAGAAAACCGCCAGUUAUCAGCAGGUUUGCCUAUUAACAGAAAAUCAUCCUUACUGGCACUGAAUCCUUUCAUACGAAAAGGUGAGGACCUAAUUCGAGUUGGCGGUCGUUUAAAAAACGCUUUUAUACCAUUCGGUCAGAAACACCCUAUCCUACUUCCAAAGCAUCAUUAUGCCGUCGAAUUGCUCUUUCUUGAUCUGCACCGGGAAACUUUGCACUCGGGUCCCUCACACUUGCUAACAGCAGUUCGCAGAAGGUUUUGGCCCAUAGACGGACGGAAUAAAGCCCGAGCUACCGUACGCAGCUGUAUUACCUGCUUUCGCUAUCGCCCAAAAGUAGCCGAACAGAUCAUGGCUGACCUACCAUCUGUUCGUGUAAAUCCAGACAGGGUUUUCCGCAACGUCGGGAUUGAUUAUUGCGGCCCAAUCGUCAUUCAAGGCAAACGUAACCAGCCGCCAAUUAAGUGCUACAUAUGUGUUUUUGUGUGCAUGACAACGAAGGCUGCACAUCUCGAGCUCGUUACCAACUUAACCACAGAGGCUUUCAUCGGUGCGUUAAAAAGGUUUUGGGCAAAACGUGGAUUCCCCCAGCACAUCUAUUGCGACAACGCAACAAACUUCACGGGUGCUGAUCGUGAAUUGAAACGGUUGAAACGUCAGUUCGAGUCUCAACAACAUAAAACUGCAGUUAUCAAUGAGUCAUCUCGUAUUGGCAUCGAAUUUCAUUUCAUUCCUCCACGGUCACCGUCGUUUGGAGGACUUUGGGAAGCGUGCGUCAAGUCGACAAAGGAAAUUCUGAAUAAGGUGUCUAUGGAUGUUCGGCUCACUUAA